GAACGUGCUGGCCGGAGCGCUGUUCGGGCCCUGGACCGGGCUGGCGCUGUGCUCGGCCCUCACCUCGCUGGGAGCCACCUGCUGCUACCUGCUGUCUGCCACCUUCGGGAAGCAGUUCGUCAUCCACUACUUUCCUGAUAAAGUGGCUCUGCUGCAAAGAAAGGUAGAAGAGAACAGGAGCUGCUUGUUUUUCUUCUUGUUGUUCCUGAGACUGUUCCCCAUGACACCAAACUGGUUUCUGAAUCUCUCUGCUCCCAUUUUAAAUAUCCCCGUGUCCCAGUUCUUCUUCUCCGUUCUCAUCGGUCUUACACCAUAUAAUUUCAUCUGUGUGCAGACAGGAGCCAUUCUGUCACAGAUCACCUCUCUGGAUGCCAUUUUUUCCUGGGACACGCUGCUCAAACUGCUUGCCAUGGCUGUGGCAGCAUUGAUACCAGGGACCCUCAUUAAGAAAUACAGCAAGAAGCACUUGAAGCUGGACGAAGACAAGCACACCCCGUUACUCAAUGGCAGAAAGAGCUUGUGAUGGCUCAAGUGCCCCAGAUGUUGGGGGACUGCCUGGCAAAAGCUGCAGGUCUCUCUUCCUGUGGGUGAUAAUCUGCAUGCUCUGUGCCACUGUGGACCAAGGACAAUUGCAGUUUUUAAUUGUUCUUCUCGUCUAAGAGGAGGUGUAAGGUUCUUAUUUUUAAUGAAUGUUUAACUGUACAUGUAUCUGCACGGACAGCGCUAUACAGGG